AUUUUCGACAGUGGCAAAACAUUGAGUUGAGAGUUCAGUUUACUUCUGAAGUUUUUUAGCUAGAAACCUUCAAAUAGCACAAAUACUUUCGUUUCAAAGCGGUUUUCAGGCUCCACUUUUCUUUGUAUACAACACUUCCCUCAUUCAGCCAUGGCUACCAGUGAAAGUGAAACUACUGCAAGUCCCACAGAACAGUAUAUUCGACAGUUAAGAACUUGGGUCGAAGAAACGCAUAGGCAGAAUCAACAAGCAAUGGCUGCAUGGCACGACGGCAUUCAGCAAGCCACCUUACGACAAAAUCCCAUUCCUACCAAUAUACUACUUAAUAACAAUGUCACACAAUCGCAACGUCCCCCUAUCAUAUUUUAUGGUUAUAAGAUACCACCAAUAUGGAAGCGUUUGUUGGCCGAAAUAAUCGAUUUUAUUAUAUUAUUUGUAAUAAAGAUGUUCUUAACGUUAUUGAUACUGGAAAGCAUUGAUUUCGUUGAUGUGGAGGGAAACACCAUCAGUAUCGCCGAAUUGCAGACAAAAUUGCAAAAUCCGCAGUUUGCCACUCAAAUGUCAGUCGAACUCUUAACUCUUGAACUUUUGCAUCGCUGCGUUGUGUGUUGCUACGAAACCUAUUGGUUGGUGAUGCAACGUGCGACUCCAGGUAAACAGUAUAUGGGAUUGGCGGUUGUCGAAGCCACAAGUUUUAUACCAUUACAAAGGGAGGACGUCGUUUUAGUACACCCUGCGACCACUUUAAGUAUUAAAGAUGCCCUUUUUCGCUCGGUCAUGAAAAGUGUGUUCAUUGGAUUUCUCUUGCCGAUCUGUUUCGUCUUAGUCUUUUUCAAAUUUAAACGUACUGGAUAUGACUUGAUAGCCAAAAGCAUCGUCGUGGAAUUUAAUCCCAACCCACCGGUUCAUGAACACCGUUAAAUUAUUUGUAUAAUCGCAAAUAUGUAUUUGUUAAAAUUUCAAAUGUUUAUUUUCUGUUAACAUAUUUAUAGAUGGGACCAAAUUAAAUUAUUUUCAAAGUAAA